AUGCCUGAAUCCGGCGUCAUUGUAGACGGAGUCGUGCGGUACCCUCCUACGGGCAUUAAAGUCGUCAUCGUCGGCGCAGGCCUUGGUGGACUGCAGGCGGCAGUUGAAUGUUGGAGAAAGGGCCACGAUGUCCAAGUCCUCGAAAAAGGUCCAGCAAUCUCCGAGGCCGGCGACGUCGUGAGGCUCGGUCCCAAUAGCUACGCAACCUUGAAGGAGUAUCCCACGAUGCUGCAAGAGUGGGACAAGUUCGCGUACGACGCCAAUAUGAGCCUCCGUUACCCGGACGGUCGAUUCGCCUUUCCGGUCGCGGAAUUCGAGCAUCACCUCCCAGGGGUCGCCACCCACGCCAUCUGGCCCAUCAGGGCCAAGCCGAUGGUGAGCCGCAGGGACGUUGCCCUCAUGUUCCUUGGACAGUGCCGUAGGCUCAGCAUCCCGGUGACCUACAACGUCGACAUAAUCGACUACUCAGAAGACGGCAAAGGCACUGCCACGGCGCACGCUUCAGACGGCCGCAAGUUCACGGGCGACGUCGUCGUGGCAGCAGAUGGAAUUGCCAGUAAAGCCUACAACAUCACGCUGGGUCACCCCGUUCGGGCUGUCAGCACGGGUUACUGUGCCGAUCGAGUCAUGUACUCGACCGAGCACGUCAAGGAUGCUCCGGCUCUUCAGAAGGCACUGGACGAACUCGAAAGACCCCAGUUGCGCAUGUACAGUGCACCCGAAUUAUAUAUUGUCUUCCUCUUGGCAAAGGAUCGCCUCUUUCUGGGUAUUACGCACGAGGACGACGGUACUGCGGUGGAAUCCUGGUCAUCCACCAUUACAACGGAGCAAAUCGCAGAAGCCAUCCCUGACAGCGCAAACUGGGAUCCCGAGGUCAUGGAGGCAAUCCGCUGCACGCCUCCCAACACAGUUGUGCGGUGGAAGCUUUGCUGCCGUAACCCUCAAGAGAAGUGGACGUCCGACGGUGGCCACAUCAUCCAGCUCGGUGAUGCCGCCCACAGCUUCAUCCCGUCUUCUGGCAGCGGCGCCUCCAUGGCCCUCGAGGAUGGCAUAUCUCUUCCCGAGUGUUUGAGACUCGGGGGCAAGGAACGCAUAGCUCUGGCUACUCGGGCCCAUCAACUUCUCAGGUGGGAGCGUACUUCGCUUCAGCAGCACAAUGGUUUCGCGAACAGACGCCAGAUCCAUCGCGACAUGGCCGAGAUUGUCAAAGACAAACGACCACCCAUGCUGAUGGGUAAAUGGGUCUGGACCCACAACGCCGAGAAAUACGCGACCGAAAGGUUUGAAGAAGCCGUCAUUGCUAUUGAGACUGGCAAGCCCUUCAAGAAUACCAACAUUCCCCUUGGUCAUAAGGUGCAGCCUUGGACUAUCGAAGAAGAGUUCGAGAAGGAGAAAUCCGGUGUGUUUGUGGAGGACCUGAGGGUUGAGGGCGACUGGGGUUUGGUUUAG